AUGAAUAAGGAUAAAAUCGAAGCAGCCCUUAACAUUUGCAAUACUUUGCCUGGACACUUAUUCGAUGAUACUAUAAAAAUGUUAUCUAGAAUUGAUCAAAAUAUAACAAACAAUAUUUUAAUAAAUAAAGAAGGAAGUAUAAAAAUAAAAUAUGAUAAAGAAGAAAAUAAAUAUUAUUUAGGUAAUAUGUUUAAUAAAGAAAAGAAUUCAUACAGAUCACCAUAUACAAAUAUAUAUUUUUCUGAGAAACAUACAAAUGGCUAUGUGCCACCUGAUCAUUUAAGAACAUUAGAAAUAUUAUAUAAUAAAAUUUUUGAUAGAUAUAGAAAAGCAUAUUAUAUGAAUGGAUUAUCAUCUGUAUAUUUAUGGCCACAUCCUAUAGAAGAUGGAUUUGUUGCAUGUUUCUUAAUAAAGAAAAAAGAUAUCUUUGAUAAAGAAACUAAGAUAAAAUGGGAAGCAACACAUCUAAUACAAGUCAAUAUUACAAAUUAUAUUGUUCAUUAUCAAAUAUCAUCUACAAUAAAUUUUGAAAUAAAACAAAAUCAUAAUCUUAUAUUAUCUGGUAAUAUAAAUAAAGCAUUAGAAAAUUCAAAAAAAGUAUCAGAUUUAUAUUUAUUGAAAGAUCAAUAUUUUCAUAUGCAAAAUAUCGGAUAUCUUAUUGAAUGUAUGGAGAAUUCACUCAGAAAAAGUAUUGAAUAUAUUUAUAUAUUAAAAAUACAAGAUAUGCUUAAUUCAAUUAAAUAUUAUAAUUUUAUAGAUCAUAUUACAUAUAAUAAUAAUAAUAAUAAUAAUAAAAUAUAUAACAUUUCUGAUAGCCUUAUAUUCUGUAGAGAAAAUAUACAAAAGGAGCUUCAAUCAAAAAUUAAGGAAAUCAAAAAAAAUUCAAUAAAUUAA